AAAGGCAGGUCAUCCCUGUGGCUUCAUGCAUGGGAUACAGCUGGAGACAUCUGAGGGCAUCGGACGAGUGGACCCAAGACGGUCAGUUGCAGGACUGAAUGAACAUGAGAACUACUGCCCGAUUGAGGAUUCGUGUUGCCUCUCAGUCGAUUGAUUUCCGUGCCAACUCAGCAUCGACGGCAGCUCCCGCAAGGUGCUGCAAGCCGCAUGGAGAAGCGGUCCAUGUUGAGACAGCUGCAUGCAGCAUGCAGGCGACACAACAGCCAUGCCGUUAGAUAGAGAGCUAUCGCGUUGUCCGCAUUCUUCGUCUCCACGAAUCCGUGCCUCCCUGCGCUGUGCGGUCGAGCUGGCCUACGUGGUUGCUUGCAACACCAUCUACAGGGUUUGCCGCCACAUCUGAAAAGCUCUUCUUGACGGCGUGGAGUCGAUACUGCUGGCAGAAUGAAUCGGAUCGUCGGGUGACUCGGUCGUGUCCGUAUUAUUAUUAUUAGCAUGGCCUUAUUAAAACUGUUUGCCUGAUGAUUUACUCAUCGUCACCCAUGAUUCAUCAUCGUCUCCCAGCAGCCUCACCUCCUCUCUUAUAAAUUUGACUUUCUCCCUCCCGUUGCCCCCCUUUCUCUUAAACUUUCGCCUCUUUGUCUCGUUCCUCUUCCACUGCCUUCUCUUCCCGUCCUUUCCGAUCUUCGGGUUCCGUCGUCUCCUCGGCUUUGGCUCCGACUCUGAUAGGCCUUAUCUGUCCAUAUAAGACUGUGACCAGACUAGCAAGUCUUCCUGCCUUGAAAUCGGGUCUUGUCCGCAGACCGCCUCUUCCUCCUAUCUCGGUCUGAGUGAGUCACGCUACAUCACUGUCACUACCGUCCCGGCCUUCUCCCUCCGAUAUACAACUCUCCUUUAGCCUCUUAUACCUCCAUCAUGGCUCCUCGCAAGCCCCGCUGCAACUUCAAGGACUGCAAGGAUCUCGCCCAACGCAUUGUCGGGGACUGCAGCUUCUGCAACGGACACUAUUGCUCGAAGCAUCGCAUGCUAGAGGCACACGCGUGCAGCGGUCUUGAAGACUGCAAGAAGGAGUCCCACGCUCGCAACGCAGAUAAGCUCAACAGCGAGCGCACCACAGUCAUCAAGGGCGUAUGAGGGAAGCUCCACCUUCCGCCAUAUACCUCUGAGCAGUUUUCGUUCAGGAUAUUCGCACUUUUGAAAUUAGCGGAGGUGUUCUUUCUUCGUCGAUAUAUAUACGUCUGUCGUCUUUGUGCUACGGGUUUCUUCUGUUCAUGUUCUGGUCUCUAUCCUGGGGACGGGAAGGGGAAAUGGUUAUGGGGUUCUGCUGAGUGGUUUUCUAUUGUUUUCUCUUCUUUGGGUCUACCAUCACAUAUGCAUGGCGUUAGAACGUGUCGGGGUUUUUGAAUCUUUCGGGUGUCCCCUUCUCGAAUUUCUUCAUUUUGGAUAGUUAUCUCCGGGCCACAUACCCCCAUCCAGAUGGCUGGAUCUUGGGUCAGCCAGUUACUGUUUAAAUGGUCUUAUUUUUUAUUCAUCAUCUGGUUCCAUCCGUUGAAUCUUGCAUAGAUCGCUCUGCUUCGGGGUUCUUGCUUCCGUUGCUUCUUUUUCACUCCCCCUCAGCGUUUUCAGCCGAGAUGUCUAUAGACAUCUCUAUUAUAUUAUUACCUGGUACAUAAUAAUACGUCCAGCCCGCUCAACUGCAGCGUAUAUGCACGAUUGUCUUCAAUAGUUCACUGCUGUGCUUCAGCGUAGAUAUCGU